CCGAAUCACCAAAAUGUCUUCUUCAAAAGAUCCUGACAAACCGAAUUCUUGUAGCCACACAAAGUUCUUCAUUGUCACAUUCUUUUCGCAUACAUUGCUACUUUGUGCAGGCAUUAUUCCUAAGUAUGUCACAAUAAAUCAUCGUCUAGUGACUGUUGAAGAUCGCUUAAGGGUACAUAACAUGGAACUCAAUUCUUGUUGCCUUGCGAAAGGAAUGGAUGAUAAUUUUCAAGAUCACGAAGAAACAAAGAUCACACUGAAUAAAGAAAAAGAURGUCAGACGCAAUUCAUCGACCGUGUAAGACGAAACACUCCUUACAUGUCUCCUGAUGUUUUGAGUUCUAUUCGCAGGGAGGUACGUAAUCACAUUUUAAACCUCACGRUCUCGCAGUUUUGUCAAGCGCCUCAUAAAAUUUGCUCUCGUGGAGCUCCGGGUAAAAGAGGACGAAUGGGGAGAAGAGGGGCUCGAGGAAGAAGAGGUCGACCAGGUCUUAAGGGAAUAAAAGGACAAAAGGGAGAUAUCGGAUAUCCAGGACCACCAGGACUGCAGGGACCGAAAGGGGAACGAGGGGAAGCUGUUUCUGAGCCUUCAGUAUUUCUGUCUCCAUCGACGUUGACAGUUACACAAAACCAGACAGCUACUUUUCAUUGCCAUGCUCGCGGUAAUCCCAAACCAAAGAUAACAUGGAUAAAAGAAUCUGGAAAUAUUGAUUUUGGUAAGACCAGAAUCGAUCAAUCAGGAUUGCUUGAGAUAUCGGAUGUUGGCGAAAAYGAUGCRGRAAACUACACGUGCUCUGGAAAGAGUCUUCUCGGAAAAGAUUCAAAAACAAUAUCACUUCUUAUAAGAUUUCCACCUAGGUUCAUAAAGRUACCAGAGCCWUUUCAAACAGUUGUUCAAGGAAGUACUGUGAAUUUGGUAUGCAAUGCAUUGGGUUAUCCACCACCCAUAAUCACGUGGUCAAAACUUCACGGUCUCCUUCCUUMUGAACGAAGUCAACAAAAUGGUGGAAAGCUGUCAGUAAGAAGAUUCCAGAUAAGCGAUGGUGGAUCUUAUCAAUGCCAAGCUGUGAAUUCAUUGGGCAAAAAGACACUUUACGUGUCAUUGAAUUUCCGUAGAAGAACUGCAUGUAAGGMAGGUGCACUUGGGAUGCAGAGUAGAGCCAUCCCUGACUCGAGUAUCACCGCAUCAUCGUAUUACGAGAGACAUGAACCGCAACGAGCACGACUUCACAUUACGCUAUCUCCUUAUAAGUAUGGAGCAUGGGUUGCAAGUGGACAACUAGCAGGAGAAUGGCUCCAAGUUGACUUGGGCAAGAUCAGCACUAUUAAAGGUGUCGCAACCCAAGGUCGAUACGACUAUAGCCAGUGGGUGAAAACCUACCUCCUGCAAUACAGCGACAAUGGCAAAACYUUCAAGAAAUACCAGGGAGGMAAAGUGUUCAAAGGAAACAGUGACAGACACACCGUUGUCAAGCAUAAUCUAAAUCCCCCGAUUUAUGCCAGGUACAUCAGGGUAGWAGUCAAGACAUGGCAUAGUUUCGUUGCAAUGAGAUUGGAGUUGUAUGGGUGCAAAUACUAUUAAAGGUAAACAACACAAUUGCUGAAAUAGAAGGUACUUUUAAAUUUGAACCAAUCAGAACUGGAUGCCAGAACCAAAGAGAAUCCCAUUUUUUAUUAUUCCUGUUCAAUAGGAAAAUAAAUUUCAUUCAUUAGUACGAUCRAAAAUAWAGAAUUUCAAAACAGGCAUAGAUGGAACGGUCUGUGCAGCCGGUACUGUCGAAAUGAUCGAAACCCCCUAAGACUCAUGACCGGGCCAUCAUCUUUUUCGGUCGUUAAUUCAUUUUUUUUUUUUACAUAAAAGGUAAUUUCAUUGUUUUGUAUUUUAGCUCACUAUUUAUGCAGUCAGUCCUGAUGUCGUAAAUAAGUGGAUAACGAUAAAACACUGUAAUAACCGGAUAAGGGAAUGCCAAUUAGGACUUUUAAUAAAUUAAAUAAAGAUAUUCAAUUUUAAAAUGUUUAAAGCACCACAUACCAUACCAGUAUUACUUGUUUCUCCUUAUGAUCGUAAUAUAGACAGYCGUAUACUAGCGUUAACACUCAGCAAAAAUACAGUGAUACAGUAGCUACGGCGGGACUUUUUGUAAAGAGAUAAAAGUCAACUCUGGCACUACAGACACCCCGUCAGUUUACUUUAGAGUUGAAUGCAAAUACUAAAUGUAUGAAUCAUGAUAAUUUCUUUGUUUUCCACUGUCUAAUUGUCUAAUUGUUACUCACAUGUCCAGGAAUGCGAAAAAAACUAUUCAUUUACUCCUCAUGCUAGGGAGUCACAAAUAUAAAUGUUUUUUAUGGAAAUCAGUUUUUGCUAAACAAUUGCCGGCUACGGUUUUGCCGGGGAAGAAUUGUUGUAAGGGCAUGGAUGAUUUUUUGUUUACGUAUGUAGUAUGGGACGAAUAAAUGACAAUAAACACAAAAAGAAAG